CCGGCGGGAGGAGGAGGCGCGCGCGGCCUCGCACGUGGGGCCGGGCCCGGCGGCGCCAUGAGGCGGCCCAAGCUGAGGAAAGCCAGCAAGAGGCUGACCUGCCACAAGCGGUACAAGAUCCAGAAGAAGAUCAGGGAACAUCACCGAAAAGUCAGGAAGGAGGCCAAAAAACGUGGACACAAAAAGCCCAAGAAAGAUCCUGGUGUUCCCAGUGCUGCACCAUUUAAGGAAGAGCUCCUACGAGAAGCAGAGCAAAGAAAGCAGAGGCUUGAAGAACUAAAACAAAAGCAGAAGCUCAACAGACAGAAAGAACAAGAAAAGAGGAGGAAGCUUGAAGCUAAAAAGAAAAUCGAGGAAAAGGCAGAGGGAAAGGAAUCCUCUGGCAAAUCUAAAGCAAAGACGAAGAAACCGCUGGAUAAAAAUUCAAAGGAAUCCUUUUGCAGGGAGCUUAACAAGGUGAUUGAGGCCUCAGAUGUGCUUCUAGAGGUUUUAGAUGCAAGAGAUCCAAUGGGCUGCCGGUGUCCUCAGCUGGAGCAAGCUGUGACUUGCUCUGGAGGAGACAAAAAGCUGCUGUUGGUUCUGAACAAAAUUGAUUUAGUGCCAAAGGAGAACUUGGAGAAAUGGUUGAAUUACUUGAAGAAGGAGUUUCCAACGGUUGCUUUUAAGUCAGCAACACUGAUGAAGGACAAGACCAUGCAGCAACAGCAGCAGAAGUUCGCAAAGAGACGUGCACAUGUUGAUUUAGCAAUAACCACUGAACGAUUCGGAAGCAAAUGCCUUUUGAAACUACUUCAAGAGUAUGGCAAGACUCAAAACAAACCCAUUCAGGUCGGGGUAGUAGGUUUCCCUAAUGUGGGAAAGAGCAGCAUAAUCAACAGCCUUAAAGGAGUUCGUGCUUGCAAUGUUGGCCUGGCCAGGGGAGUUACCAAGUCCAUGCAGAUUGUGCACCUUGAUAAACAGACAAAGAUGUUAGACAGUCCAAGCAUAAUUGCAACUCCUUCCAAUAGUGCCUUGACUCUGGCCCUGAGAAGUAUCAUAGACACUGAAAAAUCAGGGUCAGCAGAUGUGCUUGAAGGAGUAGAUGCCAUUCUGAAUCACUGCAGUAAACAGCAGGUAAUGAUGCAUUAUAGUAUCCCAGAUUUCAGGAACACUGAGGAGUGCUUAACUUUACUUGCUCAGAAAAGGGGUAUGCUGAAAAAGGGAGGUGUUCCUGAUGUAGAGAAUAUAGCUAAAUUACUACUUUGUGACUGGACAGGAGCUAAAGUAAGCUACCACUCACAACCUCCAGGAUCUCAGAAAUUGCCACCGUAUCUUACAGAAGACAAAAUAGCUGAAAUGCAGGAAUGCUUUAAUUUAAAGAACAUAGAAGAAGAAAACAAAAACACUGUUCAAGCUUUAAAAUUCCCCAGUCCAGCAAGCAGCAUCAUUUUCCAGUCAGCUGGUAUGACAAAUGGGAUAAUAGAGGAAAAUAAAGUGAUAGAGGAUGCAUCAGAGUGGGAAAACAUGGAAACAAGCAUGGAGGGGGAAGAAGAAGAGGAAGAGGAUUUCACAGAAAGUGAUGAUACAGAUGAUACAGAAGAAGAAAAGAACAUCAAAGAGGAAAGCAAAGCUCAGGUCACCAGGAAAGCAAAACUUGGAAAACAACAAACAAGCUCUGCAAAUCCAGAAGAGCAGCCAGCAGAAGGUGAACAUUCCAAUUCACUACCACCCAGCUUGGAUAAGACAGCAGAUGAAGAUGAUGCCUAUGAUUUUAAUACAGACUAUGUGUAAUGAAUUGUGUGUGAAGACACUGGAGACUCACUAUGGACUUUCACAAGUUACAAAGAUUUAUGUGGUGGCAGAAGUUGGAGGAAUGCUGCACACCAGAGCUGCUGCAAAGAUUCAGUUAUUGCUGUGUUAAAUAAUGUACAUAAAUAGUGUAUCUCCCUUGAUUGUUCCAGAUUUUAUAGAAGUCUAGGAAACCAACUGUAUUCAGCUUUAAGGCAUUAAAAAAGCCUAUUUAAAAAAAUUCCUAAGUACUGGGUUAAUCACUUUGUCUUGUAAAAGGUGUUUCAAAAGGAUAAACCCUUUACUUUAAAAACAAUGGUAAAUGUUUAAUUCUAGUUGUGUUAGAGCAAUUAAAUUUCAAUGGAAAUUUUCA